GCCAAACAGUAAACUGUGAAGAGGAGCGUCUCUGCGGCUGGUUAGUGCAUAUUUGUUUUUUUUUUCUUCUUCUUUAUUUCUUUCUUCCUUUCCUGUUUUUUUAAACUGUUAAUCUAUCGACAAAAAACUUUACAGGCUCGUCAAAAGAUCUUUCUUCAUUAUUAUUAUUUCCACCUGUGGCUUUUCUAAUCGUCGCCCUCAGCGGAAUAAUAAUAAUAAUAAUAAUAAUAAAAGAAGCUGUGCAGAUCUGAGCUCCGCGCGUCUCUCGUACAGAACUCUGAUUGAAGUUUAAGGAGGAGGGAAAAAAACAACAGGAAAAGGAAGAACUAACCGAGAAAGGAUCGACUCUUGGUUUUUGGCAGCAGCCAGCGAUUUCUCCACUGGGCAUCAACGCGCCUCGCGUUGCGUGCGUAAACCGCUGGUGGUGGAGGAUGCUCACAGCAUGAGACGCCAUGGCAUGGUGUGACCGAGGGGUUCAGACUCUGUUGGCCAUCGCGGGGGCCUUCGCCGCUUUCAGCCUGAUGACCAUCGCCAUCGGCACCGACUACUGGCUCUACUCCCGGGCGUACAUCUGCAACGCCACCAAUGUCACCGCUGACGACACCCAGAUGCAAACCAAGAAAGUGAAAGGGGACCUGACGCACUCCGGACUGUGGAGGAUCUGCUGUAUCGAAGGUAUCAACAGGGGAAGCUGCUUUUGGAUCAAUCACUUUCCGGAGGAUAACGACUACGAUACAGACAGCUCAGAGUACAUCUUACGUAUAGUUCGCGCAUCGAGCCUCUUUCCGAUUCUCAGCACUGUCCUCCUGAUGCUGGGUGGCCUGUGUGUCGGAGUUGGACGUUUAUACACCAGGAAGAACAACGUCUUGCUCAGUGCAGGCAUCCUGUUUGUGGCUGCAGGCCUCAGCAACAUCAUCGGCAUCAUUGUUUACAUCUCCAGCAACGCCGGGGACCCCAGCGACAAGAAAGACGAGGACAAGAAGAACCAGUACAACUACGGCUGGUCCUUUUACUUCGGCGCCCUCUCCUUCAUCGUGGCGGAGUCGGUGGGCGUACUCGCCGUCAACAUCUACAUCGAGAAAAACAAGGAGACGCGAUUCCGGGGCAAGCGGGACUUCAUCAAAGCCACCUCGUCCUCUUCGCCGUACUCCCGCAUACCGAGCUACCGCUACAGACGGAGGCGUUCGCGCUCCAGUUCCAGAUCGACCGACCCGUCCCGCGAAGCUUCCCCCGUGGGAAUGAAGAUGGGCGGCGGGUCUGGAGGCGUGGGGCUGGGGAUGGGUCUGCCCAUGGGGGAUAUAUCCAUGUACACUCUGAGCAGGGACCCUCUGAAGGGCGGAAGUGGGCCCGCGGGGCCGUACAGUCCCGAGAGGAAUACCGGGUUUUUACAAGUGCACAACUGUUUCCAGAAGGAUGUGAAAAACGGGGCGAACCGGAGGACGACCCCCGUAUGAGGCCUGGAUCUCGUUCCUGGGUUGAGCGGUGCGCUUUAUCAAAUGUUGCGCCGCUGAUGAGAAACAACAGUUUGUCAUGCGACACAUCACAAAGUGUGUGAGAGUAUGAUUUUAUUAUAUGCCUACGUAAAAGAAGUGGGGCAGUUUACAUCCCAAGAACAGAAUUAAGUUUACAAAACUACAUGAGCUUCUCUAGCAUCAUAUUUAAAGGGGCAGUAUUAUGCAUUUUCCAGGCACAUAGAGCCUGGAAACAUGAAU